AUGCUGUGCAACACCACCUCCUCACUAAUCGUCAGGGGCGCGGAGAGCGCAGUGCACUACGGUGAGGCUGCGCAGCGGGGGCUCACCCCCUGCACACCGCGCUCAGCGCGGCGCAGGGGAGGGCGGUCGGUGGCGGCGGCGGCGAGGCGCGAGGCGGUGGCGGCGGUGGUGCGGGCGGCGGGAUGA